AAGAAAAAUCAGGAAAAAUUAUACUAUAUAAAAAAUAAAAGAAAGUCUACGCUAUUAGACUUGCUAUUCUCACACGGACAACUUAAAAUAAGAUUUACAGCUGUUCCAAAAAAACGUUCAAUGAUAAAAUCCUGCGUUGCUGCGGGCAAAAUGAACGUGCACUCCUGGUUCAUGUCGACAAUUUCUGCGGAUAAUUAAUGUGCAGCUUGAAGAGACGAUUCAGUUUUGACACAUCUCCGAAACAAUGUAUAAGUAAUAUAGGAAUGUAUGGGUUUUUUUUCUUUUCCAGCUUCCCUUUAUAAUACCUUGGAUCAGUCAUGGCGGACGAUUGUGAUCGAGAUCAGCAUCGAAUAGAUAUCGAUGACGAUUAUGAAACAGCUUCAACCAAUGCCCCAGAAGACUACCACGAAGCACAGGAAUACUUAGACAACGGUCGACCAGCCCCUAGACGUUGCUGCCAAGCGUGCUGGACAUCUUUCCUUGGCAUCUGUUCAUUGAUUGCGAGACGCAUUGCACGCCUAAUAAGGGCCCCCAUAUAUACUCUUAGACAUCACAUAGGAGUAACGAAUGGCAAUCUUGUAUAUUUUAUUAUUGUGCUUUCACUGGGAGGAGUACUGUCACUGUCAGUGACAAUACACAAACCUGUUGGGCUCGACGCGAGUUACACCAACUGGUUCUUCGUCUUUUGCAUGGGUAUAGCAAUCUUGUGGAUGCUUGGAGCUUGCGCAUGUCGCAACCCUCCUUGUGGAUGCUGCUUGACAGCACGGGAGGAAGGUACCAAAAUCCCCUGCUACAUGAUCAUCGGCCUGACCAUCUUCUGCAUUGGAAGUUGCUUCAUUACAGGGGUGGACUUGAUGGCAUUUUUGUACACUUUGUCAUGUAAAGAUCUCAAAAAAGACAGUAGUGACGGUGUGUUCGACUUGGUGAAAAUAGUAUUUCUGAUUUUGCAACUGCACUUCUUCUGCCGUUUCUCAGAUGUGAACUUCUACCGACGAUGGUGCACAAGCUUCUUUAUCAUACACAUCAUCGCUGUCAACCUGUCAACCUGGUUUUACUACAUAGUGGACGAAUCUGUAGACCAAACCCGUAGUAAUUUCACUAACUGUUCUACACCAAAUGAUCGUGAGCUGAAUGAUUAUAUGGGCAACUUUGUAGUAUCUGCAGACCUAUACUUGUACCCUUUCAACAUCGAAUAUACGGUCAUGUCAUCUGUGCUUCUGCUUCUAAUGUGGUUUGAACUGAGGAAGAGGACUGUUCAAAACCGACAGAACCAAAACGCAGACAAUUUCUGCUGCACUGGCUGUUGCUCAUUGCAAAACCUCAAAGAUACUAUAGCAGAGAUAUGUCACAGCCAGGAGCCUCUAAAUGCUCACGAAAGCUCUGAAAGAGACCCAAAAACCAUGUUAUUCUGGAAGUCAGCAGUCAUUGGAUAUAUAAUUGGCGUCAUAGUCCUCGCAGUAUACCUUGUCCUUAUAACAUUAUCUAUUGCUAUUGAAUACGACCAAGAUAAAAGCGCCUACUACUACUAUGAAUUUAGAAUUACUUUGUUUACUGUGAUGUUUGUAUCGUCAAUAUGUGGAUUGGUGUGUCUGCCAAAGUCACACAGUUCCCAAAGUAGGCUUCACACCAGAGUUGAUUCUAUCCUCAUCAUGAUUGGAGUGACUGGUUGCUACGUGAUGGUAAUAUUUGAAGUGAUCUCUGCUAUUUCUGACAUGAAAUCAAAAUGCAACGGUGCAGAUGAAACGGCCUCAGAUAACACUACAACGCAUCCCCCUACGAUGUCAUUCUGUCCAAAUAUGCCGAUCUAUAUUGGAGAUAACAUAGUGGCAUUGUUUCAGUUCUCUUUCCAGGCGAUCUUCAUAGUAAAAGCACUAAGGCGUCGUCAAGACGAUGUUUCCCUGGCAGCUCCCACAGCCUUGGCUAUGGUACGCAACACAUCAGCUAUUCUAAGCCUUGGAAACUUGGGGAUUUGGGCAUUGGAUACAUUUGAACUUAAAAACAUUAAGACCCAGGGUGCAAUUGAGGUUGCUGCUUAUGGACGUUCUACUUGGAAGAUUCUUAGCCACAUCGCAUAUCCACUGUGUAUCUUUUUUCGUCUUCAUUCUGCUUUCUGUUUCUUUGAGAUUGUCAUUAAUCGUUUUGGUGUAACUGCAAGAAGUGUGAACGGUGGUUACAGCCAAAUUCGCCGGCAAAGAACAGGCUCGGGCAGUGUAACGUACUGAUUCUUACAACACAGGCAACCCAAGCUAAGCAUGUGACCAACUGAUUUAGCGAUAUCUAUAAUGAUGUAUGUCAAUAUGAAAGUUUUUAAAGAAAAAAUAAGUUAAAACAUUUGUCUUAUCUUAUGAUGUGGUUUUAGCUCUGAAUCAAGGCGUCAUUUUGCCGUUUUUCGUGAUAUCUCCCCCUCUAUACUUAUUCAAAAUUUUCAUAUUUACAUGCAUUUUUAGAUAUCGACAGAAGUACUUCUGAUAUCGAUAAAUCAGUCAAUCAAAUGCUUAGCCUGGGUUGCCUGUGGUUAUAAACGCUCUCAAAGUGAAUCCAGAGCUUUUCGAGGUUGGCUCCAUUCAACAUUUCUUGUAAACUAUCAAUGCUAUUUUGUAAUUGCAUUUUAUUAUAGCUCUACACAGACAGUCUACAGAGUGUAUAUUGCAUCUUUUCCUUUUUAUACUAUAGAACUAUGUCUCUCUUUUUUUACAACCAAAACUUCUAUACAAUUUUUUUAUUUUACUUGCUAAAGCAAUAGCAUCAUUCAUUACAAUUCUGAAUUUCAUCAUGUAUUUAAUGAUAUUGAUGAUCUAAAAAUGUCAGUAUAAAAUCAUAAAACUAUGAAGUCCACUUUUGAAAGCCAUCAGUGACAGCAUUGACAAUAUUUUCAAAAUAGCAAUAUCACUGAAUUGCUUUGGUAGCAGUUUAAAUCAAUCCUUUGGCAACAAUAUACAUCGCAACAGUAUCAAAGAACCACGUGACUGCAUAUCAAUCACCUUGGCAACCGAAGCCGAAUCACCUUGGUUACUGGAGUGUCUUGGAGUCUUAAGUGGAAAUAGCCUCCAGUCUAAGUAUAAAUGAAAUAUUUCUUGUAAUUGUAUAUUAAUUGUAAAAUUAUUGCGUGGCUUGUUAGCACACUCUACGUGUAAAUAAUAGUAACAUGUAAUACUGAAAUAUUAGUGGCAUAACACCAACGUCCUACAUACAACAGCAUCAUAAUAAUGGUUAA